AUUUGAUUUAUCGUCAAUUUUCGAAUGUGUCUUAUUCAUUUGAUAUUUGAGUAACUAUUUGAAAAUGUCCGCGCACUUGGCAAAUGUUUACGCCUCCUUAUUACGUAGAUAUGGUGAAUCUUAUACACUCAUAUAUACUGAACCCUCAUCCUAUUUAUCGAAGAUUGUUGGACGAGAAGAAUGUGCCGGUAAAGUGGUUUUUUUAUAUUUAGAGGACCGCAGUAAAUUGGCUAAUGUGUACGAAUCUCCGACAAAGCUUCUCUUGAAAAAUAAUGAGAAUGCUGGUAAAACAGAUAUGGACCUCACUGGUAGUCCACUGAAAGAUGAUUGUGUAGUAGAGGCGAUCGAAGACAUUUCAAUAAAUAUACGCUUGGAAGCGUUAAAUCCCUGGCAAUUGCAAGAGGAAUGUCACAAAGGGAUUAAUGUAGAAAAGGCUCGUGCUAUCCUGUGUAAAGAGGACCUUCAGGCAACAGAUCCUGAUGCAACAGGUUCUAUUUGGAUACUUUGCAAUGGAGCAGAUGUGGAAAAAACUUUGAUGUUGCAAUAUGAAUUCGUACCAGGAUAUUUUGGUCGUGGAAUAAUUACAUAUCUUGGGAUGAUACCUGCCUUCGAAGUGAAUACGCAAUCUCUAAUGCGCCAACAUCUGGCUCUCAUUUCUCGAAAUAUACUCCCACAAGUAGAAACGUAUAUUGAGAAUACAUAUCAAAUCAAAUCUCACAUAUCUGUAUGCUGCAGUUGGUCUUCGACGGCAGCAUUACCUUCUUUGGUUGAUUUAACAUCAUGUGAUGUUACUUUGCGACAGACAUUUCGUUUAAGCUCCUGCAAUGAACUGACUGAAGAUUUUAUGAAUCAAUUGCGCAUAUUGACCGUAAUAAGAAAUGAUAUAUUAGCAUACAAGAGUUUGGUUAACGUUGAUGCUGAUGGACGAAAUGAAGCUUUAGUGUACCGGUGUGGCUGUGGCAUUGAUAUGGAUGAGUUGCGUGAAAAUAUUAAUAAAGCAGUUACAGAAAUUGCUGGAUUUGGUGAGAUCGACUCAGCAGAAAGCGGAAUUGAAUGCGACAUUGAAGCUGUUGUGCAGCGCGUAAAGUUCAGGCGCCUCACUGAUCUAACGGAUAAGUUGUGGGAGAUUUUGAAACGAUGCUCCUCAUAUAAAGACCUAAAAAUGGCAUUUACAAUACUCUUCAAAUGUGCGGCUCACUGCAAUAUUGUGAAUACGCCAACAAACAAGAAUCGACUGGCAGAAAUCAUUACCGAGGUUGCCAAUAGACGCUUGGCUAUACCGUGUCUCACGGGCACCGAACCAUUUGAAUUGUUAUUGGAAAUCGGAUUGGAAAAAUUGUACAAAGACUAUGAGCUCAUAUUUGAUGAAAGUAAAAUAUGUAGUGCAAAUGAUUUGAAAAGCAAAAGUCUCUUUGAUUCGCGCCAUAACGAUGAGAAUGAGGUAAUGCCGAACGUACGAAAAUCGCUGCGCAAUGCUGUGCGUCCAGAUGCGGUGGCGAUGCGCAAGACAUUACUGCACAAUACAGCAAAGGGUGCUAAUAAAUUCCUACACGAAGAUGGGGUAGGCUUUAAGAAUAGCAAUUUUGAUGAGAUAGAAACAGCUGAACGUCUUGCGAAACUAUUGCAAGUGCAUUGUGCGCUAGAACAUUUACUUAUGAUACAUGUCAAUUUGAAUUUGAGUAAUGUAUAUAGUGAAGUUUGUGAGCAACUUUUGAGAAAACCACCACGGUUUCAAGAUAAUAUCGAUGAACGCCUGGUAGAUGAAAUUGAAAUUACGUUAUCAGCACACGAUGUGCGUGAACAUUUGGAGGGCAAAGAUCCGCAUGUGCGCCGUAUUUGCAUGCGUUCCAAAAACAAAUUUCGUGAAGUAAAAUCGACAUUCUAUUAUAGUAUGGAUAAUAUUUGCCCACCGAAAAUAUCGGAAUGUUUUCAAGCAGAAGAAAAGGAUAUCACUAAGGAAAAUACAUACUACAGUUGGCUUUAUCGUAAAAUAAAAACUUUACAUUAAUAAAAUAUUGUUUAAGCGAAUUUAAUAAGAAAUUUUCAACUAAUAAAACACAUUUCCUUGUGCUAGAAAAACAAA